AGCAUGUGUAUUUUAUUUGGAGAUUAAUUAACAUGUAUACUUGGGAACACAUAAAGUAUUUUCUUGUUCUCAAAGUUAAAAAAAGAAAUUUAUUAAUUAAUUUCUUAUUCUUUUUCACCUAUUAAAAUUGGCUAUAAAUAGCCAACACUUUCAAGAAAGAAAAUCACAACUUAACAUAGAUAUCCUCCUUCUCUUCUCCACUAACUUUCUCAUCUUAUUUCACUUUGUCUUUGGUUUUAUAAUAAUCUUAUUAUUUAUUUUCUAAGUUAAAACUUGUUGGUUUAUAAUUAAUUUUGUUGAUUCCUGUAUUCUCUGAUUAAUUAGGGGAGACUUAUUUAAUUUCGGAUAUCCUCUAAUUAAUCAGGGAAGUACUUGUUUAAUUCUGGGGAAACAUUUUAUUUUGUGGAAAUAGUUUCUUAGGACAGUGCCUAGCACGACUCAAGCAAUUUAUACGUUACUUAAAAUAUUAGAAUAGUGAUUAUUAUUAUUAUUAUUAUUACUACUACUACUACUACUACUAUUGAUAAUACUGAUGUUGGUGUCGCUAUGGUGUCGCUAUGUUUGCUUCCAUUCUAGUCAGUUUGUCAGAAGAUUAUGAUACUGCAGAAUUCAGGAGAGGGGAAACCGAGGAGGAGAAGAAAGAAGAAUAAAGAUGUAGCAAAUGGGGAGAUGAUGAUGAUGAGGAAGAGGAAGCUUAGUGAGGAACAAGUGAAUUUGCUCGAACAGAGCUUUGGACAUGAACACAAACUGGAGUCCGAGAGGAAAGACAAGCUUGCGUUGGAGCUAGGACUAGACCCGAGGCAAGUGGCAGUUUGGUUUCAGAACAGAAGGGCUCGAUGGAAGAACAAGAAGCUGGAGGAAGAAUACUCUAAGUUGAAGAAUGAACUUGAAACUAACAUUGUUGACAAAUGUCGUCUUGAAAACGAGGUUUUGAAGCUAAAGGAGCAGUUAUCUGAAGCAGAAAAGGAGAUGCAACGAUUGCAAUUGGAGAGAUGUGAUGGGAUUUCGAGCAAUAGCCCAACAACUUCAUCACUAUCAAUGGAAGCAGCCAUGGAUCCUCCUUUUCUUGGGGAGUUUGGGUUGGAUAAUGCAUUUUAUGGGCCUGAAAACACUUAUUAUGGGCCAGCAAAUACGUAUGCUCAGGGUUUGGAAUGGGUUAACAACCUAUACAUGCCAUAUCAUAUGUGAUUAUUUUCCCUAAUUUUUAGAAUUAAGCUCCCCAAAAGUUCCCUCUCUAUGUAUAUGUAGGUAGUGACCCAAUCACUAGUAAUAUUUGUGUGUGUACAUUAAUCUUUUCUCUUUUAUUUACUAGUGUGUAUUAUUAUUAGUGUUUGACUAGCUAGCAACUAGCAAGAUGGAAUAUAUAUAACUUUGGCCUUUGACUAGUUAA